AUGGCGAAAAGACUAUUCUCGAUGGUCGAAUGCCAAUCGUUACUGGAGAAUUUAUCGCCGUUCGUUGAUACCAAACGCUCAAAACGCUGCCCAGACGCAGCGGCAGCGACCGAGCCCGAGAGUAGUACAUGUUUAUUGUCGAACGCGUUUAUCGGGUUCCCGGAAUUGCCUGAAGAGCCAAGUAGCGGUUCCAAUCGAAGCGUUCUGUGCAGAAUCUGCGUUCGAUUGCCCGACGGGAGGAAAGUGCAGCGAAAUUUCCUCAGAUCAGAAUCGGUUCAGCUUCUCUGGUCGUUUUGCUAUUCCCAGAUUGAUCAAUCGGAGAGGAAGAAGCCGUUCAAGCUGAUUCAAGCGUUCCCCGGUGAAUAUAAGACUCUUUAUUACGGAUCUAACACGAGUUUCGAACAAUCUGGGCUCGCCAACUCGUUGAUCUCGGUGACUUGGGCGUGA